AUGUGGGAUGUGGCCGUGACGAGAUGCGCGCGCGCACCAAAAGCGUCGCGGGCGUCGGUGCGCCGGCAGUCUUGCGCCGCGCGUCGGCAAAGACGGACGUGUCUUGCUAAGAACACCCGUAUUCGGUCUUACGUUGAGUGUACGCCCACAUCCGACGAUAUGCAUUACGAGGCGGCUUUCGUGCUGCUGUUCAUGCUCGCCAAGAUUCAAGUUUUGGGCAUAAUAGCCGAAAUUGUCAAGUUGUCGGUUCUAGUUUCACGUGGAAAGAGGUGGAGACAGGCGGCGCCGGAAUGUUGGCGCCGGCGCUGCGCCCAAGUCAUUGGCGGGAGCUUGAAACAA